UAAUUUGAUCUAGUCCAAUCCAACCCUUUGCACACCCUUAGUUAGGGCUGUUAGUCGGUGCGGUUUUGGUUUAACCGAACCGCACCGUCGGUUAGCCGAAACCGAAAAUAGGAUAUAUUCCCCAACCGAAGCCGACACCCAAGGGAGGCUCGGUUAACCGCCAACCGCAACCGUCGGUUUCGGUUUGAUGGGGCGGUUAGCCGAAAUCGCCCAGAGUCGGUUCGGUUUUCGGUUUUCGGUCAGAAACCACCAAUAAAACCGAUUUCAGUGACCUGCACACAUGCUGCCUUUUUUCUAAAAACCUGCUGCUGCCUUUUUUCUAAAAACCUGUUGCUUUAUUAUCAAAUCAGAACAGGGUGAUGGCGGGAUUCCGGGGCAGAAGACGGAAGCGUCGGCAGGAAGCAGGGAGGAUGAACACGGCGCCGACGUUUGUGAGAAGGAGGAUGAACACGGCGCCGACGUUUUUUACUGGAGAGGACGGCGCCGAGCUCGUGGGCAGGAGGACGGUGGUGCAACGAGCUCGCUACGACAAGUUCUGGGAGGGAGUUCGGCGACGACGAGUUCUGAUGGAGGACAACGGCGACGCGAAGGCUGGGAGCGGGAGGGUUGCGAUGCGACGAAGGCUGGGAGCGGGAGGACGGCACUGCGACGAGCUCGACGAGGACGAGGCGACUGGCGGCGAGGGUAGGGACUAGGGUUCAGAAAUGGGGAGGAGCGGCAGGUGAGACUCUGAUGUCUCCUUCGAUUUGCGAUUUCGUCAUUUCGGUCAGGGGAGGAGGGGACUGGGGAGAGGCCGAGAAGAGAAGUCACUCAUUUGGCCUGGUAUCCGCCCAAACGACGCUGUUUAAGUGACUGGGUCGGUUUUGCGGUUUAUUUGUACGGUUGCGGUUUUUAACCGCUAACCGCUACAAUUGCUUCAUGGUCGGUGACAGGCAACUGCAACCGCAAGCCACUCUCGGUUUUUCGGUUGGCCAUUAAACUGACGGUUUCGAUUCGGUUUCACGGUUAACCGAAAAACCGGAGACCGAUUAACAGCCCUACCCUUAGUGACGCCUGAAUGAGGAAUGGUAGAGGCCGCCAGGCAGGCCUACCUCUGCCUCCACUUCAAUUAUUAUUAGCGGAAGAAAGGAAGAAAUAGUUGUCGUGAGCUCAGCACGGCGUUAACACUCCACUUGCAUUGCAUGCAUUAUUUGUUUAUCAUCAUCAUCAUCAUAAUAAUACUAUAUAUGCCAUAAUAAUGCAAUACGGGCCAGCAGGCCAUAUGUAUUAUCCCAUUUGUCGCAAUUGAUUUUUGCCCACCAGCAGCCAAACUACACAACACGAUCUUCCCCAUGACCUCGCCACAUUUAACUAUUUUAUGAAAUUCGUUUGCUAGGUCGAGGACCAAGCAAGCAAGGAGGCAUAUAUAGUUACACAACAAGAUAACCACCCUCCACAUGGCUUGGCUUCUUCUCAAUCUCAACUAUCCCAACUCCCAACAUAUAUCAUUUCUCAUACCGCCACUACCAUGCUCAUCAACCAAACAAUAACUCCCGUGUGUCUUCUUCAUUCAAUGUUACUUAAAAAUGCAUAGGCAUUUUCAAUAGGUUUCAAAACGACAAGUCUAAGUAGCUCAAUUCACCCGAAACACGCAGCAAAAUCGCUAUCGAAAUUGCAUGCUAAAUAACCCGAAUUUAACUGUGCACCCUGAUUACUGAACUUUACCCACAUAAGUAGUAAAGUAGGUCAUUGAACUUGAGGAUUCCUAAAGAGAGCAUCAAAGAACAAGCGGAGGUUGGGAGGGGGACUAUCAAUCAAUCAAAAAGUGGAAGAUGUUGGGGAGGUGAUUGAAUUGCAAAGCACAUGGUGAAGCUACUCAUGGCUACUCAAUUACUUGCCUCCCUUUUUUGGGAGAGGUUAGAUAGAGAUUAGAGACCCCAGGCUUUUCUCUCCCCCUUUUCCAUGGAGACUUCUUCCAAUUCCAAAGGAAACCUGCUUUUUACAUGGUUGACUAUUUAGAUGUCACCACCACUCAAUUGCAUUAUAAGUAGGGGUGUUCAAAAGGUGUGGUUACCAUGGUAAUCGUUUUAACCAGUACUAUUUGAAUAAUUUGGUUUGGUUAAUUUGGAUAAUUGAUUUGGUUUGGUUAAAGUUUUUACCUUGUUUGGUUUAGGUGAUUUGGUUUGGUUUCAGACACUCCUAACCAGCCAAACCAAAUUAACCAGAUAAAUAAUUAGCCAUAUACCUAAUAUAUGCACAUACUUAAUACUUUGAAUAACCACUCAAGAGUUAAACGUUCAUUCUUUUAGACUCAUAAAAUAUAAAGCUUGAUAUUGUUC